AUGGACAGCGACAGGGAGGUCACUGAAGCUUCGCCGGUGGAGCCUGAUCCUGAUGAGCUUGCCGCGAAAGUGACGUACCGAAAGAAGCAAGCAGCCAGCCCCGCCAAGCCCAAGCCUACCCGGAAAACGCACGCUCUCACCAAGCUGGACGAGGAUAUGGAGCGACGAAUAAAGGAGGGCAUUCCCGUAUUUUGCGACAGCGUCUGGGACACGCAAGAGCUCUCCGCCAACCUGAACAACUUUUUCAAAUACGCGCUCACCGCCACGGCGAAGAACAAGGAGAAGCUCUCGUCGAAAAAAUAUCCAGAGCUGCGCGCAGCGCGAAACGCGAUCCUAGAAUUGAACCGCACGAUCCUCGAGAACAUCCAGACCCGCGCCGGGCUCCCGAAGGACUUUGCCGAGUCUGCGAAGGAUUUUGGCCGCAUGUUUCCCAGCUCGCUGAAGCAACAGGCGGCUCUUGCCUUUUUCGUCAACGAGAACGAAGCGGAGCAGAACGCGAAAAGCAUGAAGAAGCAAACGCUGUGCUGUGCGGGCGAAGAACACGAUCAGCUGCACACUAAGAAGCCGUACAAAGGGCUCAGCCUGGUCGGCCCCGCCUACGAAGAGUCCGGCUUCGUGCUCAAGGAGGCGGAGCUGAUGCGUGGCAAGCAAUACGCGCUGUGCCGCCAGCACUUUGCGUUGUGCAAAAUUUACUACGAGCUCAUGUACAUGGAGCACAACAUGUUCGAGAACGCCCGCGCUCAGUUGAAGCGCUUCUCGUGGCUGGAGGGCGCCAGAUUCGACGAGCUCGAGGCCAGCGAACAAGUCGACAGGGUCGGGAAAGCCGUUUGCAGGGGAAUCGUCGCUGACGGCAUGGCCCGCUACUACAAGUUGCUCAUCUUCGGCACAACUGAGGAGCUCCAAGCUUGGGGCACCCGCCCGUACCACUAUGACCCUCAUGAGAACUCGCCGGAGAACGAUGAACCCGACGAAGAC